AUGCCGCAGGCCCUGGAGCGCGCCGAGGGCUGCUGGGCCUGGGUGGUCCUGCUGGCCUCCAUGGUGGCCCAGGGCCUCAGCCUGGGCUUCCCCACCUGCAUCGGCAUCUUCUUCACUGAGCUGCAGCAGGAGUUCCAGGCCAGCAACAGCCAGACCUCCUGGUUCCCCUCCAUCCUGACGGCCAUGCUCCACGCAGGGGGACCCCUGUGCAGCAUCCUGGUGGGACGCUUUGGCUGCCGAGCGACAGUGAUGCUGGGGGGGGUGCUGGCCAGCCUGGGCAUGGUGGCCAGCUCCUUCUGCCGCACCCUCAGCCAGCUCUAUCUCGCCGCAGGAUUCUUCACAGGCCUGGGCUUGUGCUUCAGUUUCCAGUCGACCAUCACCGUACUGGGCUUCUAUUUCACCCGCCGGCGGGCACUGGCCAACGCACUGGCUUCGGUGGGUGUCUCCCUGGGCAUCACACUCUGGCCGCUGCUCGCCCGCCACCUCCUGGAGGACCUGGGCUGGAGGGGCACCUUCCUUGUCUUUGGCGGGGUUUUUCUCCACUGCUGUGUCUGCGGGGCCAUCCUGAGGCCCGUGGCCACCAGUGUGGCCCCUGAAACCAGAGAAAGCCCUUCUCUACCUUCCAAGACACCUGCUCCUGGCCGCCUGGCAGCAUGUGGCCAGGUCAUCCUUCGCUACCUGGCCUUCGACAUCCUGUGGCACAAUGCAGGCUACCGAGUGUUCACGCUGGGUGUCACGUGGAUGAUCCUCGGUUUCCCGCUGCCACACGUCUUCCUGGUGCCCUACGCCAUGCAGCACGGGGUGGACGAGCACAAGGCGGCCCUGCUCAUCUCCAUCAUCGGCUUUAGCAACAUCUUCCUGCGGCCCAUGGCGGGGCUGGUGGCAGGCCGGCAGGAUGUCGCCAGCUAUCGCAAGUACCUGUUCAGCCUGGCAGUCCUGCUCAACGGGCUCACCAACCUGGUGUGCACAGUGUCAGCCGACUUCCGAGUGCUGGUGGGCUACUGCCUGGUGUACAGCGUGUCCAUGAGCGUGGUUGGCGCCCUCUUCUUCCAGGUCCUCAUGGAUGUUGUCCCCAUGGAGCGCUUCUCCAGGGCCCUGGGCCUCUGCACCAUCUUGGAGAGCAUCUGCAUCCUCAUCUCCCCCCCAAUGGCUGGGUUUGUCCUGGACAACACUGACAGCAACUUCAGCUACGUUUUCUACAUGUCCGGCUUCUUCCUCAUCUCAGCCGCCCUAUACAUGGGUGGCAGCUUCUGUGCCCUUCGGAAGAAAGAGAGGCAGGGCGGGCAGGCCAAGGAGGGAGCAGCCAUCACGGAGGCUGCCCCGGAGCGGGCCCUCAUGGUGGAGGGCACAGACACUUCAGAGAAGCGGCUGUGUACUGAAGUCAUGUAUGUGACCAGCGUCUGAGCCCCAGGAUCACAUGUGUGACCAGCAUUUGAGCUCAGAGGUCAGUGAGCAACUACUGUCUCAGCCCAAGAAUGGGAUGUCCAGCUGCUUUGCCCAGAAAACCUGAACCAAAGGCCAUCCCGGCUCACACGUCGGGACCCAGCCAGGAGCUGGGACCCUGGGGGCUGGCCUGCGAAACUCAGGGUUCCUUCCAAUGAGCAGAAUCCAGGAGCGAGUCCUGACUUUUUUCCUUGGGCACCAGGGUACUUGGGGCCCAGAAAGGUGGGUCUGAGCCCUGCUUGGGUCUGUUGUGGCUGUCUCAGCUCAGCUGCUUGCCCACUGCCGCUGCUACAACUCAACUCACCAGACCAUUAAGUCCCGCCUGGAUGCCUCCGAUGUGAUCUCUGUGACCUCUGGCCUCCAGACAGUUCCAAAGGGCUCACCUGUCCUCCGAAGCCCUCCUGCUUUUCUUCCUCCCGUGACCCAGCCCUUGCCCUCAGGGCUACCCCCAGCACAGGCUGCUGGGCUUCCCGCUGAACCUUGGCAAGAAGAGCAUCAGUUGUGGCCUGCAGCAGUGGAUGGCCAAGCUGAGGCGUUGGCCUGGAUGUGGGGUUUGGACAGAUUAAAUGUCGGUGGGAGUAUC